CCCCAGGUCCGUCCCCACGCCCGGAGGGGACCAUUCAAAGGCUCCGCACCUGGCCGGGCUGGGUGCGGCCAUUCCCGCGCGUCCGUCCAGAAUUGUAGGACGAUCUGCAGAGAUUUGGAAAAUGGCAACAAAUGAAAGUGUCAGCAUCUUUAGUUCAGCAUUCUUGGCUGUGGAAUAUGCAGAUUCUCUUCUCCCUGAGAAUCCUCUGCAAGAACCAUUUAAAAAUGCUUGGAACUACAUGUUGAAUAAUUAUACAAAGUUCCAGAUUGCAACAUGGGGGUCCCUGAUCGUUCAUGAGGCCCUUUAUUUCUUAUUCUGUUUACCUGGAUUUUUGUUUCAGUUUAUACCAUACAUGAAAAAGUACAAAAUUCAAAAGGAUAAACCGGAAACAUGGGAAGGCCAAUGGAAAUGUUUAAAAGUUAUUCUCUUCAAUCAUUUUUGUAUCCAGCUCCCUUUGAUUUGUGGAACCUAUUAUUUUACAGAAUAUUUCGGUAUUCCUUAUGAAUGGGAAAGAAUGCCAAGAUGGUACAUGCUUUUGGGACAGUGCUUUCUCUGUGCCGUGAUCGAGGAUACCUGGCAUUAUUUCCUGCAUAGACUCUUACACCACAAGAAACUGUAUAAGCAUAUUCAUAAAAUGCAUCAUGAAUAUCAGGCUCCAUUUGGAUUAGAAGCAGAAUAUGCACAUCCCCUGGAAACCUUAAUUCUUGGAACUGGAUUUUUCAUUGGAAUCAUGCUUUUAUGUGAUCAUGUGAUUUUACUCUGGGCCUGGGUGUCCGUUCGCCUCUUGGAAACCAUUGAUGUCCAUAGUGGUUACCAUAUUCCCAUAAACCCUUUAAACCUCAUCCCCUUCUAUGCUGGUUCUCGGCAUCAUGAUUUCCACCACAUGAACUUCGUGGGGAACUAUGCCUCGACAUUUACGUGGUGGGAUAGACUUCUUGGAACGGAAUCUCAAUAUGCUGCCUACAAGGAAAAGAUGAAGAAGCUCGAGAAAAAGACUGAGUAAAUAUUUCAUAUAAACCCUUCUGAAGAUACACAUUUUCCUGAUUCAAAGCUAGUAGCUAACAUUGCUUCUGGGGAACAGAAAUAAGCGUGUGUUUUGGCUGCUAAGUGAUUAGAAGAACAUUAAUUAUCUUUAAUUAUCUUCCUAAUGGGAACUUUUUCUACUUUACAUACAAGUUCUGUAUGUGUAGAAAUAAGCAAAUAAAUAUUUAAGUAUAAUUUUCAUGAACCUUUUUUAAAGACUGUCGCUGAUCUUACAAAAGGUUUUAAGUAAUGGAAGAAGUAUUAAUCUGUGUCCUUCCCACCAGUAAUACAAUAGGCUUAGGUUGAAAUUGGCCUUUAAAUCUUAAAUAUAUAGUGGUCAAAACAUUGACCAAUGUGUUGACCUCAUAUUGAACUUCAAAUAUUUUUUUGAAUUUGCCUAAGAGCAAAAUAUCAUGAUUGAAGGACAUCAGUUGUUACAGUAUGAGUGAGGCUGCUGAUUCAGGAAGAGCUGGCAACAAGAAUUACCACUCUUGUCCGGCGCUGACCAAAUUGGAACAAUUCUCUUUCUUUCAGGAGUCCUUUUUUGAUCACAGUGUGCGCUACUAGCAUCUGUAAAUUAAGGCAUUCUGUGCCAAUGUGAGUGAAGUAUUUUAAAAGUGUAAUGGUUUGGGGGUUACUUGAAUUUUUCAAAAUAUUGAGCUUUAUUUACCCUUUCAUUUAUGUAUAUCAAAUUUUCAUUAAUACUUAAAGCUGUGUCCUGAGCUUUUGUGAACUGACUUGGUAUCUUUGCACUUUGAGCUGUUGAAAUAAAUGAGUUUUGUCUGAUUAUUUGGUUUCCAGUUUUGAACAUCAGCUGUCACCUUUUAGUGUUAUAAGGAAAAUUAUGGAAAUCCUUGUAGUGAUUAAGUUUUAUUUUUAAAAAGGGGCGGUAAUUCUAUUUUUAAGUGCUUUGUA